AUGGAUUUUAAGGAAAUCAAGAAACCUGCUGACUCUUCCAAAUCGACUUCUUUAUCUCAGUAUCAAAUUGCUUUCUACUUUUUCCAUCUCUUGUCCCAUCUGGUUCUCAGAUUCAAGCAGGGUGAGCAAAAAUGUGAAGUAUUACAAGCAACGGCAGUGGGGUUGAGAGCUGAGUGGUCUAAGCUUAAGGAUGAGAUGCACAAUCUUCUUAUGAAAUGUGAAAGAGUCAAAGAUGAAAAUAAAUCCAUAAUGGAGGAGCUAACCAAGAUAUAUGGGCGAGAUGCAAUCUCGGAUCUUGUAGCCAUGGAAUCUGAUGCUAUAAGUGAAAGCGACAAUGAAGAAACCACUCCAACUGAAUAG